GAGUACGAUCGUUCAGCGCGGCACUCUUGGUACAACAGAAUAUUACGGACGAGCGAGUUCGUUACGCGAUGACAUUAUGACAAUCGCAGUUUGCACUUGCUCAGCAUUUCAUCCACCGCCGCCGUGACACACUUUUCGUACGUUUCCCUUGCGGCCGAUUCGUCGCCUUUUGUUUUCCACCUCUGUGGUCUUCGCGUCGGCACGUCGACCGGUGUGGUGUUUGAUUGACGCGGAGUCUUUGAGCACAGCCGCAACCAUGAAUAGACAGUUGGAUCAGCUCACCGACGUGUUCAUAUCGGACGAGGUGUUGUUGAUGUGCCAUAAUUUGGCGUUGCUCACCGAGAAGGAAGAGGUUGCCGCGCUGCUCAUCGGCCAGAAAAUAAUACAUGAGCGUGGGACUACUGUGUCUGUGUCGGCGUUAUCGAUACCGCCACGGGGAGAGAUCAAAAAAGAUCGUGUGGAAAUCAUGUCUGAAGAUUUGGUAAACGCUAUGGAAGAUGCCAAAAACUUCUCCCGMCUCAAAGGAGCCAACUUGAACGUCAUUGGCUGGUAUCAUUCACAUCCUCACAUCACUGUGUGGCCAUCUAAUGUCGAUUUGCAAACUCAACUGAACUUACAAAAUAUGGAUUCAUGUUUUAUCGGAAUAAUUUGUUCCUCGUAUAAUACAGAUACUACAACAAUGAUGAAAGAAAUGAAAACAGUAUGCUUUCAAGCAAAACAAAUAAGUGGUAUGGUGCACAGAAUAGAUGUUAAAUUUCAAGUUGCACCUACAACUUGUACCAGCCAAUUGUCAUUUGGAGUAAUUGUAAAGCACAUAGAAACAUUGUAUGACGAACUCAUAAAAAAUUACAAUGAAGCAAAUGAAGGUGAUAUAAGUCCAAUGGCUCAGCUUCAUAACGAUUCAGUAUACACAUUGUCUGGAAUACAUAUGCUGGAAACAGUGGCUAAGCCUAUGCUGCAAAUGUUAGAAACACAGCGAGAAAGUUCAACUAAAAGAAUUCAAAGCCUUCAAAUAAAAUUAGAACAACUAUCAUUAGGUAUUAAUGAUGAACAUUAUUGUGACGGUACCAAUAAAACUUAUGAUAAUCAAGAAAAUAGCGAUGAUUCCGACAACAGCUUGAGUACAUCUGUACCAACAAUUGAUMAUUCUAAAGAAACAAAAAAAGGGAAGAACUCUAGUAUGGUAUCCUCUCCAGUGUAAACUCGUUAAUAAUAAGUAGCUUAAAUAGAAUCCUACUUAAUGAAUUUAAUAACUAUUUUAUCAUUACCUGUUAUUUUGUUUAAAAAUAUAUAAUAUGUAUUGU